GGUCGAGUUCCCGCAGAGAGCCCGGAGCCCCAGGCCGGUGGGUCCGUGCACCGCGCUCCAGCACGCGUCAUGGCGGUCCUCGGAGUGCAGCUGGUGGUGACCCUGCUCACCGCCACCCUCAUGCACAGGCUGGCGCCGCACUGCUCCUUCGCGCGCUGGCUGCUCUGCAACGGCAGUCUGUUCCGAUACAAGCACCCAUCUGAGGAGGAGCUUCGGGCCCUGGCAGGGAAGCCGAGGCCCAGAGGCAGGAAGGAGCGAUGGGCUGAUGGCCUUAGUGAGGAGAAGCCACUGUCUGUGCCCCGAGAUGCCCCGUUCCAGCUGGAGACCUGCCCCCUCACAACCGUGGAUGCCCUGGUCCUGCGCUUCUUCCUGGAGUACCAGUGGUUCGUGGACUUUGCCGUGUACUCGGGCGGUGUGUACCUCUUCACUGAGGCCUACUACUAUGUGCUGGGCCCAGCCAAGGAGACCAACAUCGCUGUGUUCUGGUGCCUGCUCACAGUGGCCUUCUCCAUCAAGGCGUUCCUGACGGUGACACGGCUGUACUUCAGCUCCGAGGAGGGGGGUGAGCGCUCUGUCUGCCUCACCUUUGCCUUCCUCUUCCUGCUGCUGGCCAUGCUGGUGCAGGUGGUGCGGGAGGAGACCCUCGAGCUGGGCCUGGAGCCUGGCCUGGCCAGCAUGACCCGGAACUUGGAGCCACUUCUGAAGAAGCAAGGCUGGGACUGGGCGCUCCCUGUGGCUAAGCUGGCUAUCCGUGUGGGGCUGGCGGUGGUGGGCUCUGUGCUGGGUGCCUUCCUCACCUUCCCAGGCCUGCGGCUGGCCCAGACCCACCGGGACGCGUUGACCAUGUCAGAGGACCGGCCCAUGCUGCAGUUCCUCCUGCACACCAGCUUCCUGUCUCCCCUGUUCAUCCUGUGGCUCUGGACAAAGCCCAUUGCACGGGACUUCCUGCACCAGCCACCCUUUGGGGAGACGCCCUUCUCCCUGCUGUCCGACUCUGCCUUUGACUCUGGGCGCCUCUGGUUGCUGGUGGUGCUGUGCCUGCUGCGGCUGGCGGUGACCCGGCCCCACCUGCAGGCCUACCUGUGCCUGGCCAAGGCCCGCGUGGAGCAGCUGCGAAGGGAGGCUGGCCGCAUCGAAGCCCGUGAAAUCCAGCGGAGGGUGGUCCGGGUCUACUGCUAUGUGACUGUGGUGAGCUUGCAAUACCUGACGCCGCUCAUCCUCACCCUCAACUGCACGCUCCUGCUCAAGACAUUGGGUGAGAUGAUGCUGCGGUGUGGAGGGGAGGAGGGGCGGGGCUGGAAGAUAGAACAGCGCGGAAGUGGAGUCUGGCAGGGACCGGGCAGGGGCCUGGGAAGGGGGCGGGGCCUGGUCAGGCAGGGUCUGAGCAGGAG